UGAUAAAGCGACUAUAAGGGUCGUUGGUUAAAGAUAAUGGCUCGACACCCACUUUCUCAUAAACAAUCCUCUAUCAUUCCCCUGACACUUCCUUCGCCUUCCUCCCAAUUUUCUUCCCCAGAAAACAUGCUUCAUCCUCCCAAAUCUAGUUUCUGUUUAUCGGAACACAUGGUGAACAACUAUGAUUCUAGAGUGCAAAAGACAGCUCAAAAUUAUAGGCGUUGGAACACCAUGGAAGCUGAUGUGACUUCGAUGAUGGAAGACGAUUCUGGAGCAUCCACUCCUUUAUGGGGAUCAACCAAUCCUUCAAGGAGUCCUUCGCAUGGAAAGAACAUAAAUUACCGAUGCUUAUCACCGUCAUCCAAGGCUCAAGCUAUCGCUAGAGGCCAAAAGGAGCUUAUGGAAAUGGUCAGCAGAAUGCCCGAGUCUUGUUUCGAACUUACUUUGAAAGAUCUUGUGGAACAACAACAGCCUGUGGUUGUUGAACCGAAACAGGAGAGUUUUGCUGAAGGGAGAGCUACCAUCGACCAACAUACGUACAACAAAGAGAAGGGGAAGAAGAAGAUGAAGAAGAAUCCGAAGCCUCAAUUUAAUAGAAGUGGGAGCAUAGAUAAUGGAGGGCUUCUUCUGAAAAUGGUGUUUCCAUUUUCCUUAGGGUCAAAGUGUAAGAACAAGAAGAAGAAGAAGAAUGAGUCUAAUACAAAUCAUAAUUCCAAAGUUUCUCCAAAGCCAACUGUAUCAGAUGAAUCUGGUAAGAUCGUAGAUAAAGAGUGGUGGAAGAAGAGAUCGGGAUCGAGCGAGAGUGAAGGUGGUGGAUCCAAUAUUAACAGUGGAAGCAGCAAAAAUAGCCAUAGUAGCAGCAUCGGUAGCAGCAGCAGCAGCAGCAGCGGGAACAUCAACAAUACCGGCCACAGGCAUAAAGGGAAUGGGUGCUUAGCUUUCAUCUUCACUAGGAAAAGCAAAGCAUCGCGGUGAAAGGGCAGCCUUCGGCCUACUUUGGAAAUGAAGUUCAAGGUGUAAUUAUGUUCCAGUAAUGCUAAAUGUUUACGCUAAAUGAGGUUGGCAUGCAGCUGCAAAGCCUCAGAGAUUGUAAUUACAGAGUUCUCUGUUUUUUCUUCUUAGCUGAAGAUGAAUCAUAAUUUUGGUGUCCUCUAGUUUGAAAUGAGCAGAAGACAAGUGAUUAAGGAGUGCCAAGAUGAACAGGUUUAUGGGGAAUCUGUGAAUGAUAUCUCUUACCAUAGCGACCAGAUUUAAACUGUAUCUUGUAUAUCUUCUUUCUUUAUGUGUUAAAACUUGGGAACUUUUUUGCUUGAUCUUAACAUUUUACUGAAAUCAUAUUCAUGGGGUUGUGUUUUUCA